CAUCUGCUGCACUCCUCCUGUUCGUAUCAUGAUGACAAUGCUGGGGUAAGAUUGCCAAGCCCUAUUCUGAUGUAACUAAAAGUUACUGUAACGUUACGGUUACUACUAGCCAGCCCUUCAGCUUUACUGACUAGUGGCUGUUGUAUGAUAGCAAUACACAUUCAGAAUCAAACCUAACAUAGAACUAUAACUUUCUACUGUAACAAACUAACAACAGGAGGAUACAUACGGAGCUUUUGUCAAUUUUGUAUCGCCUCUGGUUUGGCUGGUAGAAUUACUUUCAUGUGUAUCUCAUCGCCCCAUGUUACCCCAUGUUACAGAUUCCUGCACAAGGAAAGACAAUUGGCAACAAGCGUCAUGCUGGUCAUGUGAUCUGUAUCGUUCACUGUAAUUGGCAGCGAAGGACGGAUUUUCCGGCUACAUAGGUUAGUUACCAUGCCAACGUAGACAGACUCUACUCUGUCGAUUGAGACGCUGACAUUUUUUAACCAUUUAUUCGUUUAUUGUGCAGUCUUUGUUAAAGGAAGAUACGUGUGACUAUUUAUUUCAAAUAAACUGCCAACAUGAUGUUUGGUUGUGAGGAACGACGUUCCAAAAACAAACUUGUGCAGAGGGCGAGAGACAGAAUCAAGAAAGAUGGCGAGAUGACGAACCGCAUUGCAGAGCUGGACAGUAUCUGUGGUGUGAUGCAAAAGGCUGAGUUUGAGGGCUCCACCCAGGCUGGUUCCAUGAAGACCCUGAAGCUGAGAGAGCUGACCCAGCAGAGAGAGACUGAGCUGAGAAAGACUGCUCUGACGAUGGUCCGUAGAGCAGCACUGCAGGCCCUCCUGGAGCAUGAGAGACAGCAGUACGUCAUAGAGCUCAACAGACUGGGCAAGACCAUCUACAAACAGAGAGUCUAGACUCUAGUCUCUACUAGACCCAUAACAACACCAAAGACCAUCUGAAGUUUAUGCUGAACGCCAUCUAGCAGCUAGAAUGUGUGAACAAAUAUAGAAUACUUUGAAGUGUUAAUGUGAAAACAUUUACUCACAACCAUCUACAAGCAUCUUGUUUACAAUCAGACCUUUUAUUUAUGGAAAUACAACGAUGUAAAACUAUAAUCCUAAAGAUAAAACACACAUUAAUGUGUUUUAUCUUUAGGAUUACAGUUUUACGUCGUUGUAUUUACACAUUAAUGUGUGUUUUAUCUUUAGGAUUAUAGUUUUACAUCGUUGUAUUUCCAUAAGUACACUUUUAAGCAAUUUACAUUCCAGUAAACAAAUUACUGGGCCUCAUGUCACCUUAACAAAACAGGAAUUUGUGUGACAGUCAGGGAGGUAGCACUGUACAUAAACAAAACACAUAUUUGGUUAACAAACAUGUCUCCUUGUCAACAGCAAGCAAGACCAAAAACAUCUACCGAUACACAGUCUGGCAUUUGUCCAUUAAGUAGAACUUUCUACUGGUCAUUUGCUUCAGUCUUUGAGGGGUAAUUAUGUAACAUAUGAGCUCACUACGUUUAACAUACUGUAUUGUAGCUCACAAUGACAGGUCCAAUCUCUCUAGCCAUAUCUGGUACACUUGGUCAUGCAGGGUUGGAGACUGUAACACAGACUGAGAAAGUAACUGGAAUUUCCAGAUAAACAAAAAGGAGAGCAGUCGUUGAUAAUAUCAAUCAGAUCGAUCCAGUUUAAUACAAUCAUUCAGGGAGACACCUCCAGAACAGAAGCAUAGAAAAUGUCCAAAGGGGCUCUUGGAGUCAGAACCUUCAUGUUAUAAUCAGACAGUACCAAAUGUUCUCUGAAAUAUCAACCAGAGAGGCUUGGAGUCAAUACAAAGACAGUGACUUUGCCGGCUGCUACAGAAUCACUCAGUGUUCAUAAUGUCAUCAACACAAUAAUAAUCCGUGUUCUCGGUCCUUGUACCUUCAGUAGCUCAGGUCUAGUGACCAUCAACCCAUACAAAAGUGAGUGUCACAAAUAGAACAUUGGAAAUCAUGUGUAUUAUAGAAAGGGAAAACAUACAUAUGCUAAUCAUUGUGUUAAUUACUGUUACCUGAAUAUUCACUUUAUUCAUCUGACAUUUUCCCAUUACCCACACGCACACAGGGCAAUGUUCUACUCUGAUUUACGCACACCACACCCAAAUGCAAUAAAGGUCCAUCAUAAAUCUAAACACUAUAUAGGUCAAUCAUAGAUCUAUGCACUAUAAAGGUCAAUCAUACAUCUAUGCACUAUAAAGGUCAAUCAUACAUCUAUGCACUAUAAAGGUCAAUCAUACAUCGAUGCAUAAUAAAUAUUUAAUAGACAAUUGAACCAGAUGUGCAUGUACCUGCACACUUCUUUAGAACUCUUCUCUAGAACGCUUCUCUAGAACCUUUGCAACAUUCAGAAGUCACCUCAGAGACACCUUGCUCCAUCUCUAAGGGAAUUAGCCCUAACCUCUUUCAGUCAUUCCUACAUUAAUGUACUGUACCAUAGGAUGAAACUCACUAAUUAAAAAAUGUAAUGUCUCCCUUCCUUACCUGCAUACAUAAACUAACAGUGUACUGUAUGUAAUGAAGACAUGACAUUCAGACUGGGUUUUCCAAACCCUUCUUGUUUUUUAUUUUCCUGAGUAUUGAGAGGUACAGUAAAGUGAAGGUGGUUGUAGGUGGGGAAUGUUAUGAGCUGCACAACGAUGAUGUGUAUGGGUGUGUGUGCAUCACGGCAAGCAUGAGGGAGGGAGGGAGGCUGAUAGUGUUGUCCAAGUCUUCAUUUUGGGGCCUCUGUGAUUCCACACAGCUUCCUGCAAAACAACAAAGAAAACAACAACAACAACCAUUCGUUAUCAAUAGCAUGUGAGCACCCAAUAACCACAGAACUACAUGACACACAGUACACCGUGACCAUAGAAGUCUUUCAUAAUGGUGACCACAAGCCUGUGUUACUGGGUGUGUGUGAGUGUGCCUGAAUGCCUGGGUGUGUAUCUGCUCUUUACCGUCCUUCCUCAUUGGUCUGGUCCACAAAGGCACACAGUGCCUUGUCCCGCUCCAGAAUCUGCUGUUUCAACGCCUGGAUCUCCUCCUGAGCUUUCUUCUUCUGUGCUUCUUGAUCAUCUAGAGGGGGAGCGAGGGAUAAUGAGAGGGGUAGAAAGCAGGAGGGUAGGGCAAAAAGACAGAAGGAAAUGGGUAGAUAAGGAGGAAAGAGGGAAAUGGGGAGGGCAGGAAAAAAUGUAUUGAGAGAAAGGUUGUGAGGUCUGGGGUUCGCUCAACAACCAAGAAUUCACAAAAUGGGACAAACACCAAAUUGAGACUCUGCAUUCAGAAUUCUGCAAAAAUAUCCCCAGUGUAAAAUAUAAAACACCAAAUAAUGCAUGCAGAGCAGAAUUAGGCUGAUACCCACUAAUGAUCAAAAUCCAGAAAAGAGACGUUAAAUUCUACAACCACCUAAAAGGGAGCAAUUCAUGACUGAGCUGACGGUAUCCCAUCACUGCAGUAAAAUAGCCAUCGUACCUUUAACUUUCUGAAGGGCCGCCGACGCCUCAGUCUUCUUUUUCUCCGCAUCGGCCUGAGGAGAAAAAAAGAGGGGAGAUGAGGACCGGUAUUUGAAGCAUUGUGGGCCUUAUCUAGCUAGGCCUUAUUAAGGGCUACAUAAGGCAUACAAUGUGUCCUUCAUAAUAUGCACUUUGUUUAAAGUGUGACUAAUCCUUUUUGUGACUAAUCUGACUGAUCACUGCUAAGAGAAUACCUGGCAGAAUUCCUCUCACAUGCCACUCAACACAGAACAUACAGUACCUUCAGAAAGUAUUCACACCCAAUUUCCCAAUUUUGUUGUGAUACAAAACAUGUUAGAAUCCCCUUCGGCAGCGAUUACAGUGUGAGCACACAGCUUUGCACAUCUGAUUGUACAAUAUUUGCCCAUUAUUCUUCAAAACAUUCUUGAAGCUCUUUCAACUUUUUCAUUGCUAGACAGCCAUUUUCAUGUCUUGCCAUAGAUAUUCAAGAUGAUUCAAGUCAAAACUGUAACUAGGCCACUCAGGAACAUUCAAUGGCGUCUUGGUAAGCAACUCCAGUGUAUAUUUGGCCUUGUGUUUUAGGUUAUUGUCCAGCUGAAAGGUGAAUUUGUCUCCCAGUGUCUGUUGGAAAGCAGACUGAACCAGGUUUACCUCUAGGAUUUUGCCUGUGCUUAGCUCUAUUCCAAACAUUUUUAACAUAAAAAACUCCCUAGUCCUUGCCGAUGACAAGCACACCCAUAACACGAUGCAGCCACCAACAUGCUUGAAAAUAUGAAGAGUGGCGAUGUGUGGUGAUGUGUUGUGUUGGAUUUGCCCCAAACAUAAAGCGUUGUAUUCAGGAGAAAAAUGUAAUUUUUCCUCAUUAUUUGCAGUAUUGCUAAAGUGCCUUAAUGCAAACAGGAUUCCUGUUUUGGAAUAUUUUUUAUUCUGUACAGACUUCCUUCUUUUCAAUCUGUCCUUGAGGCUAGUAUUGUGGAGUAACUACAAUGUUGUUGAUCCAUCCUCAGUUUUCUCCUAUCACAGCCAAUAAACUCUGUUUUAAAAAUCACAAUUAGCUUCAUGGUGAAAUCCCUGAGUGGUUUCCUUCCUCAACAGCCACUGAGGACGCCUGUAUCUUUGUAGUGACUGGGUGUAUUGAUAUUGGUUCAAAAUGUAAUUAAUAACUUCACCACGUUCAAAGGUGUCCUACCAAAAGGUGUCCUUCUUUGCGAGGCACUGGAAAACCUCCUUGGUCUUUGUGGUUGAAUCUGUGCUUGAAAUUCACUACUGGACUGAGGGACCUUACAAAUAAUUGUAUGUGUGGGGUACUUAGAUGGGGUAAUCAUUAUGUGGGGUAAUCAUGUUAAAUAAACACUUGUGGCACACA